AUGCAGCCGAUUCCAGACGAUGCCAUACGAUUUCUUAACGAUACAUCCUUGGGGCAGGAUAUGGCGAAUCCAGAUGUGCGACUACAUCGCUCGAUUAUGGAUUCUCAUGUGCAGCAUGAAGGCGAGUUCUACGAUGGAGAGAAUGAGGGUGAUGAUCGUCGAAAUGAAAGCAAUGGACGGGAAGCGGCAGCCAAAUCGGCU